ACAAAUAAAACAAAAAAAAAAAUAAAACACGAGAUAUUCUAUGUAUUCCGAGAUAUAAAGGCAUUUCAUUCGGUGAUAUAGUAAAAUACAAUUUUCUUUUAAAGAAAAGACAGGUAGUCCAUAUAGUUAAAUAAUAAAUUUUAUUAGUCAUUCAUUUGACGAUAAAAAUCCUUGGUGUUAAGAUCUGGUGCGAUAAAUACACACGUUAUUGUAAAUUGAGUGUGCUCUGUUGUCGGUGUUAAUAAAAUAAAGAAAUUGUUCUGGGCCUGUGCUUGGAUAAAAAAGAAACAACAAGUUAUGAUGUCGAGUCGUGGUCCAUCGAUUACGCAUAAUGACGAAGAAGAAUCGAAAACAAUCCUGGAAAUUGGUUUGAGCAAGCAGCCAACGGACGGAUUAAGUGGUGUGGUGAGCCAUUAUCCACACUAUCCACAACCAUUACCGAUCCAUAGGUCUCAUUGGAUCGAUAUACCACAACCGGAAAUUGUACCACCGCCGUAUAAUUUAUCGUUUAGCAGUAACAAUCAUGAACAUAAAAUCGUUCGAGUACCGAAUGUGGUGUGGAAAGAUCGAGUUGUGCAAAAUGAAAAAGCCUCAUCGUGUUCGUCAAUGACUCCUUUUAUUGAUUCAAAUGCAGAUUAUAAAAAGUCGGCGUGUGAUCGUGAACGCACUAGAAUGAGAGAUAUGAACAAGGCAUUCGAUCAACUGCGUUCGAAACUUCCGAUUUCAAAGCCAUCUGGCAAAAAAUAUUCGAAAAUUGAGUGUUUAAGGAUAGCAAUAGGUUACAUAAAGCAUCUUCAAGCGUCUUUGGAGUAUCCAGCCCCACCACAACACUACUACGAAAUGUCCGAUCACUAUCACGAUUCAGCCAGUCCACAAGUGUGGACAGCUAGUGCAGCCGGAACAUCAAUAACUCCAACGAAUAUCUACUAUUUGCCUUAAAAUACUUAAAUUUCGCCAAAUUGAAACUACACAAAAUGUUUGCUGAAUAAUUUUCAUUCGCAGCGGAUGAAGCAGUGUGUACAGAAAGUAAAUAAUAAAUACCAAAGUUCUA